UUCUGCCCGCUAGUGUUUGUCAGUGCGCGCGUGAAGAGCGGUUUAUUUCCGUGGCGCUGUUUACCUAUUCAAGAUGUAUUUUUAGCUGAACAUUUCUAGCAAAACUGUUUAUUAUCAUUUCGUGUCAAUAGUGUAAAGCAUUGUCAAUGGUUUGCAAGUUAAACUUUAUUCCGUUGUCGUUUUAUUUUUUAAUUAAACAACAAGAAGACACUGAACGCGGAACUGCAGAGGUAGCGCCUCCACGGAUAAGGAUUUUGCGAUGCCAUCUGUGGGUGGAAGUCCGAGUAUGGGCACAGGCUCGGGGGCUGCGGACUCGGCAUUGCCAGAAGAAAUGCAGCCACCCAGACCUCCAGGGCAACAUGCUGUAACCGUAUUGUGGUCCUUUGGAAAGUUCCUGGCUACACUUUUACCAGUUUAUCUGGCCGGAUACUUCGGGUUCAGUAUCAGCUUGGUUCUAUUCGGUCUCAUGGUCUACAUUGGAUGGAAACACAGCAGAAACGAGAAAGUAAUGCGUCUGCGGUCAGCUAUGUUCGUAUUGGAGAAUGAGAGAGCAUACACCACUGCGAGGGCUUUUAUGAGUAAACAGGAAUUACCCCCAUGGGUCAACUUCCCUGACGUGGAGAAGGUUGAGUGGAUGAAUCAGAUCCUGCAGCAGGCGUGGCCAUUUGUGGGUCUGUAUCUGGAGAAGUUGCUGGUCGAGACCAUUACUCCAGCCAUACGUGCAUCCAACACCCACCUGCAGAGCCUCAGCUUCACCACAGUCAACCUUGGGGAGAAGGCCAUGAAGGUGGUGGGAGUGAAGGCUCACACGGAACACGACAAGCGGCAGGUCUUACUGGACCUAUACAUUAGCUAUGCAGGUGAUGUGGAGAUCAAUGUGGAAAUCAAAAAGUACUUUUGCAAAGCAGGAGUGAAGGGAAUACAGCUACAUGGGAAGUUAAGGGUGAUCCUGGAGCCCCUGAUUGGGGAUGUGCCUCUGGUGGGAGCCAUCACCAUGUUCUUCAUCCGCAGACCUAAGCUGGACAUCAACUGGACGGGGCUGACCAACAUGCUGGAUAUCCCUGGACUCAAUGCCAUGUCGGACACUAUGAUAAUGGAUGCUAUAGCCUCAUACCUGGUCCUCCCCAAUCGCCUCACUAUCCCCCUGGUGGCCGACCUGCACGUUGCGCAGCUCCGCUCCCCUCUCCCACGGGGAGUGGUGCGUAUCCACCUGUUGGAAGCUGAGGAGCUGACAGCCAAGGACACAGUCAUUAAGGGGAUAAUAGACGGGAAGUCUGAUCCGUACGCUGUGCUGCGUGUGGGCACCCAGACCUUCACAUCACACACCGUGGACAGCAACCUCAACCCACAGUGGAGAGAGAUGUUUGAGGUGAUUGUCCAUGAAGUGCCUGGUCAGGAGUUGGAGGUGGAGGUGUUUGAUAAACUCUCUCCCUGGCUGUGUCUGCCCAACUCACUCCCUGGCUGUGUACUCCCUCCCUGGCUGUGUCUGUAUGACCAGUCUGUAAUGCCCAACCAGGAUGACUUCCUGGGCAGGGUCAAAAUGGAUCUAGAUGUCGUACACAAGGCCAGAGUUCUAGAUGAGUGGUUGAAGCUGAAGGAUGUUACAUCAGGCAGUGUUCACCUCCGUCUGGAGUGGCUCUCUCUGCUGUCCUCUGCUGACCGACUCAGUGAGGUUAUCCAGAGGAACCGGAAUAUGACCUGUAAGACUGGAGACCCUCCCUCUGCAGCCAUCCUGUCUGUCUACCUGGACCGUGCUCAGGACCUGCCUAGGAAGAAGGGCAAUAAGGACCCCAGCCCUAUGGUGCAGCUGUCUGUACAGAACACAACCAAGGAGAGUAGGAUCUGUUAUCUGACCUCUGACCCUGUGUGGGAAGAUGCCUUCACCUUCUAUAUCCAGGACCCUCGCAAACAGGGACUUGAUAUUCAUGUGAAGGAUGAUGACCGGGCUCGGUCUCUGGGCAGUCUGUCCAUCCCGCUGACCCGUCUGCUGGCUAGUCCUGACCUCAGCAUGGAUCAGUGGUUCCAGCUGGACAACUCUGGCCGCAUCUAUAUCAAUGCUGUUCUGAGGGUUCUGCAUUUAAAUGAAGAUGCCUCUCUUACCAGUUCCGUAUCUCCUCACCUCCCAAGCCCAGGGGCAGGCCACGGAGAUGGGGAUACCACGUCAGAGGUAGCCCUCGGGGGAGUGGGUGGAGCCCCCAAACCUGAACCCACACGACCCCAACAGACCACCCCUGACUCGGACUUCGCUAGUGAGGGAGUGCUGCGUAUCCACCUGGCAGAGGCCAGUAACCUGAUAGCCAAGGAUAACUUCAUAGGGGGCAUGGUGAAGGGGAAGAGUGACCCCUACGUCAAGAUCAGGGUGGCAGGAGUCACCUUCCGCAGCCACACCAUCAAAGAGAACCUGAACCCCUUCUGGAACGAACUCUACGAGAUCAUCUUAACCCAGCUGCCUGGUCAGGAGAUCCAGUUUGAGCUGUUUGAUAAAGAUCUGGACCAGGAUGACUUCUUGGGGAGGUUCAAGUUAAACCUGCAAGACAUCAUCAGCCCACAGUUCACUGAUGAGUGGUACACUCUGAAUGAUGUGAAGUCAGGUCAACUUCACCUGGUCAUGGAAUGGCUCCCCACGGUCUCAGAGUCCGCCAGACUAAAUCAGAUCCUGCAGUACCAGGCCCAGCAGCAGUACCAAAACAAGGCAGUGCCGUCGGCUGCUGUGUUGUUUGUGUACCUGGAGAGAGCCCACGGCCUGCCGUUGAAGAAGAAUGGAAAGGAGCCAAAAGUCGGGGCAGAGAUUUCGUUGAGGGCCAUGACAUACAAGACCAAGGUGUGCGAGUGCUCUACGUCUCCUCGGUGGGAUGAAGCUUUCCACUUCCUGGUUCGUGACCCUACAGAGGAACUCCUUAUAGUGAAGCUGUCCCACAGCUGGGGCCAGGCCAUGGGCACGGUGGUGUUGCCCCUGAGAGAGGUGCUGUCAGAGCAGGGCCUGGUGCUGGACCGAUGGCUGAGUCUGGACGGGGCCCUCCCAGAGAGCCAGAUUCUACUGAGGGCCACACUCAAGAUGUUGAACACCCAGCUGGCAGUGUGUCCUAGUGGUGUGUCCAGUGAUACUACUGGGGAGUGCAGUGAGGAGAGAGGCCAUGUCAUCCACAGACGGGACACUGAACCAAACCUGCGACACAGAUCACCGCUCUCUCAAUUAGGUGGUCAGAGCCCUGGCCAGGUGAAGCUGCAAAUUGGCUACUCAACAGAGGAGAACAGGCUGUUCAUCACCGUCCUCUCCUGCAGGGGCCUGCCAGCGUGUGGGUCUGCUAAGGACAGCUCCGACCCAUAUGUCUCAUUUAUCCUUCUGCCAGACAAGAACAGGACCACCAAGAGAAAGACCAUCACCAAGAAGAGAGACCUCAACCCUGAGUUUAACGAGAGGUUUGACUUUGACUUCACUCUGGAGGAGUGCAUGCAGAGAAGACUUGACCUGACUGUCAAAAACAACGUAUCCUUCAUGAGCAGGGAGAGAGAGCUCAUUGGAAAGUUACAGCUAGAUCUUGACCAGAUAGACCUGCAGAAUGGCGACACACAAUGGUACGAUUUAGUAGAGGAGACCAAUUAGAUGAGAGGAUGGCCUCACUUUCCUGCAGUGCAAUGUUACUUUUACUGUUGCUUCUUCUGUAUGGUUUAUUUUAUAUUUUUAUUCAACUAAUGUGCAAUAGGACCACCACUGAAGUGGCUUAUAUUUCCUACCAUCCCAACAAUAUCACCAUUUAUCUGUACAUUGAAUAAUUACAAAUGAUAGAUUUGGUUCCUCUUACGUAGGCUGUGUAAGAAAGAAUUCCUCAAUUCUAGAAUUCCUAAUUCGAGUCUGAAAAAGUGUUCUUUAGAAUCUUUUGUCUGAGUAGAUAUUUGAUAUGAAGGCACCUAUGUUGCUCCUAAAGGAAUCUAUCUUGAAAAGCACAACAUUUUUUUAUCAACCCCAUAGUUCAGAAAAUGCAGACAAAAUAGUGAACAUUUUAAACCUUCAGGUAUUUUGAGUUUUCUCAUCACUUCAGUUCUUAUUUACUACAAAAGUAAUUGUUCUCAGAGGGUACUUUCUUACUUUGUUGCAUUGUUUCGUUUGUUUUAUUGCAAAACUAUGUCAACCAUCUUGAGAUAAGUGUUUGAGUGUUAAUUGAGACCAAGGCCCAACAUACUGAGAAACGGGUACCGGUAGAUAUGAUGCUGAGGGUGCUGAAAUGUUAACCUGUAGUUUCACAGCGUUUAUGGGUCAUCAUGGAUGUUUACAAUCCUGAAGUUAUUACUUUUAUCUUUGUUAAAAAAAACACUUUUAUUUAAUCAAUCCUUUUGUUACACUGUUUUUCUGUUUCUAAUUUUGCCUUAUAUAUUCCAACACUGGGUAAUUUUUGAGAAGAUUGAGAAUGUUUAUGAUCUACUGAUUGUGUUCAUUCUGUUCCAAAUGAAGAAGUUUAGUAUGUUUUAUCAGAUUGAUUUAAAAGCUGAUUUUAUAAUUCAGGAAAUGUGUUAGGAAAUGACCCAGACAUCACAUUUGCCACUGAAAACACACUCUAGCUGUACAGUAAUGGACAGUCUGAAUCACUGUGCUUUUAUUUGAUAAAGAACAUAUGUGUAGAAGUUAAAUAUGUAGCUAUGUCACGAAUGUGUAUGUUCACAAUCCAAGACAGAAUUGUGUCAUAUACAGUAUGUUUGUGUGUGAUUGAAUGUAUGUGUAUGUGUUUGUUGUGCCAGUAGUGGCCUGAGUUCUGCAAUAAGUCAGUCAAUCAGUCAUGUUACAAGUUGUGUGUUAUAAAACACAAAGUCUUAGACAAAAUACACCCAAAGAGCCAGUUUCCUAGAUUCCUAGACACAUAUUAAGUCUAGUCCUGGACUAAGAAGCAUGUUCAAUGGAGAUUUAAUGGAGAGUGCUGUUUAGUCCAGGACUUAAUUUGUGAGUCCUGCUCUGAAAGAAGUGAGCAAAUUUUGUGACAAAGAAAUGUUCAUCCCCCACUGUCAUCUCACUGCCAAGAAUUGAAACAUGUAUUAAAAUACUUGAAAAUGUUUGUUGGCAUAUUUUUUAAAAAAAAGUAGAAAACAUGUUAUAUCAGACGAGAGUAGAGAGAGACGUAUAGUGAGAACAGCUCCUGCGCUUUCACACAUGCAUAACAAUCGCCACGUCUGUGUCGUCGCACUUUCAUUAAACGUUUGCACUUUCAAAAUCCCAGUCUGUUGGUCUUCUUUAUGCUGGGCGACAAAACAAAACAAAUGUCAACUUUUUUAAUCUUCUGAUAAAUCAAGAUGAUCCCAAUCUUCCCUCGUCCUGUUACUCACCUC